AUGUUCAUGUGGAUAAGACCUUCAAUGAUAACGAUCAACCUAAGCCUUCCAUUUCGAGUGGAAGUGUUGGGUGAAGAGAUUCGAAGGUCAGUUCCACCAGAAGACGACGGCGGAUUCCGAUUGCUUCGGAAACAGCGCAUGAAUCUUCCAGUAAAGCCAAUCGACAGCUGGUCAAGAGGAAUCCGCCGUCGUCUUCUGGUGGAAUCGAACUUCGAAUCUCUUCACCCACAUGAAUCUUCCAGUAAAGCCAAUCGACAGCUGGUCAAGAGGAAUCCGCCGUCGUCUUCUGGUGGAACCGCCUUGCUCUGA